AUGGGCCUGGACAAGGUCAAGCACAUCGUGCUGGUUCUGUCCGGCAAGGGUGGGGUGGGCAAGUCAUCCGUGACCACGCAGUUGGCUCUCUCACUAUCCCAGGCUGGCCAUUCUGUAGGCAUCCUCGAUGUUGAUCUGACUGGGCCUUCUAUCCCCCGAAUGUUGUCCAUCGAAGAGUCCAAAGUUACUCAGGUCCCGGGCGGCUGGGCCCCGGUUCCCGUUCACGGAGAGGACGCAGGCACCGGCGUCGGCAGCCUGCACGCCAUGAGCUUGGGGUUCCUGCUCCCGCAGCGAGGUGAUGCCGUUGUCUGGAGAGGCCCCAAGAAGACGGCCAUGAUUCGGCAGUUCAUCCGCGAUGUUCUCUGGGACGAUACCGACUAUUUGCUUAUUGACACGCCGCCAGGCACCAGCGACGAGCACAUCUCUCUUGCGGAAACACUGCAGAGCGAGGCUGUUCCCGAGCAGGUUGCGGGUGCGGUCGUGGUAACCACGCCCCAAGCAGUCUCUACGUCCGAUGUCCGCAAAGAGCUCAACUUUUGUUUCAAAACGGGCAUUCGAGUGCUGGGUGUGGUUGAGAAUAUGAGCGGCUUCGUCUGCCCUCACUGCUCGGAAUGCACCGACAUUUUUGGCUCUGGGGGUGGCCGUAGCAUGGCAGACGAGUUCAAGGUUCCGUUCUUGGGCACGGUACCGAUGGAUGCGCAGUUUAUUGCCUUGCUCGAGGAAGGUCGGCGACCACAAUAUCCAGUCGGCACACGUAUCAACGGACACGACAUAUCCUCCACUGCACCAGAUGAAGGCGACACCAGUGACACCAACAGCAGCGGAAACCUUGUCGAAAAAUACAAGCACUGCUCGCUCUCGCACGUGUUUAACGACAUUACGGCAUCGCUGACGGCCAAAAUCUUAAACCAGGCUUGA